AUUAAUUUCCGGCUCCGGUUUCGUUUCGGUGAUCAUUCAAAUUUAACCAUGUAAAUUAUUCUUGGGCACGUCAACAUGGAUUAUUCAAAGUUCCUUGAAGAUAAUUUUGAUGUGAAAGAAUGGGUGAACAAUGCAUUCAGAACGCCAAAAGAACCGAAUGUCUCCAAAGACCAAUAUGCCACUACUCUAGUGAUGAAACUACAAAUGUUUAUCCAAGAAGUCAACAAUGUUAUAGAGGAAGCCAGUCAACAAGCCAUUCAGAAUCUCCCCCGAGUCAUGAGAGAACUUGAUGCCGUGAAACAGGAAGCCUCCUUGCUCCAAGAUCAAAUGAAAUCAGUGAAGCAUGACAUACAGAAAGUAGAACACGAUACAGCACAAUCCAUGCAGAUGUUGCUGAAGUUGGAUGUAAUAAAGUCCCGGAUGUCAUCAGCAGCCGAAGCUUUACAAGAAGCUGACAACUGGACAACUCUAAGUACUGACGUAGAGGAUGUUUUCCAUUCUCAAGAUGUUGCUGAUAUAACAACAAAACUUUCCAGGAUGCAAAAUUGCCUUCAGAUGCUUGUCGAUACUCCAGAUUACGCUGAUAGAUGUCAGCACUUAGAGAAGCUUAAGAAUCGUCUUGAGGCCAUGUUGAGUCCGCAGCUAAUUUCGGCUUUCAAUAACCAAUCGAUAGAAGCCGCCCGAAAUUAUACGAAGAUGUUUGCCGAUAUUGACCGUCUGCCGCAAUUGUAUAAGUACUACCACAAAUGUCACAAAACAUCGCUUCUGGCGGACUGGAAAGAUCUAAUACAAUCAAAAGGAGACAACACUUUGAAAGAAUGGUUGACUGAAUAUUACGACCAACUUUUGUCUACCUGGCAUGUGCAGAUGAAAUGGUGUCAACAAGUAUUUUCUGACCCGCUGCCAAUCGUGUGUGAGCUUAUCACAGAAACUCUGGCUACUCUGGACCCACCUUUGGCUUCUUGCUUUGCUACUUAUCUUCAAGGCAAAGAGCCACUUUUAGCUUUGAUUGAAAUCAAACAGAUCACAGAUCGAUUUUCACACAGUUUAGAGCAAGCUGUAGACGCCGCCAUGGACUCAAACAUUUCUGAGCACUUUUCAAGCAUGGAAAAGAUGUUGAUGUCAAUUUAUGCUCCAUACCGAGGUUACAUAGCUAAAUAUAAGUCUCUAGAAGAAAUUUCUCUUGCAAAUUCACUGAACAAAAUUGCUCUUGACCACGAGGAUGUGUUUGAAACCGUCCAGCUUCUUGCUGCUUCAGUAAACAAACUUUUUGCAGUGGCAAAAGAUGCAGACGACCGGUGCCAGCAAUUGACCAAUGGAACUGGGUAUUGCUUCUUGUUAACCUCUCUCCAGUCGUAUUUCCAAUCAUACUGUAAAGAGUUCAGACGAGUUCUUACAAAUAUCAAAGAAAAGAGCAAAACAACACAAUUUACUGAAGAAGACGAAGAAUGGGCUAAUUUUCAGCAGUCUUUACGAAUUAUUCAAACAUGUGGAGAAUUGAUCAUGCAUUUAGACGACCUUGACACCGUUAUCAUUAGCAGCAUCUUACAUACUAUUGGAAAAUAUGUAGUGCCUCUGACACCAGAAAAAGAAAUCAGUAGGCACCGGUUUUGGGGAACACAUUCAUCUUUGCAAUCUCAUGCCAGCUUGUUGCUUAGUAGCAGAGUAGAUCUAGACGACCUUGAACAAUUUGUCAUCAAUUUAGAAAAAGGUGAAACUCCAUCUGUAGUAUCAGAAAUUAAGAAAGAUUUCUGUAAAUUGAGCGAAGAAGUUCAUAAGUUUGCGUUCGAAAUUGUAUUUGGUCCUUUGAAGAGGUAUUUGGUCGAUUUGUCAGCAAUGGAAAUGUGGACUUCAAGAAGCGCCGGGGGUGCCUUGACCUCUGACCUACCGACCUUCAGUCUCUCACCUCAAGAAUACAUUACGAAAAUAGGCCAAUAUAUGAUGACCCUACCACAGCAUUUGGAACCGUUCACUAUGCAAGACAAUCCUGCUGUUUUAGUCGCUUUGAAGCACGGGCGACUACCAUACACAGACGAAACAGACGUCCCUGAACAUACAGCAGAUUUAUGGUUGGAAUCUAUCGCUCGAGGAACAAUGCACUUCUAUGCAGAAGAGAUUUUGAAAAUUCACGAGCUUUCCCCGCACGCGACGAAACAGCUGAUAACAGACAUAGACUAUCUUUGCAAUGUCCUUGACGAUUUAGGCCUGCGUGCAUCAGACAACAUUAUCCACAUUGAGGAACUUCUGAAAGCGACGCCGGACGACUAUCCUGAUGUUUCUGAACAAAUGCCACAGAGAAUGGCACACGCCAUAAGCAGCAUGAGAAAUAUUGACUUGUAGUAGACGCAAAAAUUUUGUUUUUAUUCCAUUGUUUGUGAAUGUCAGUGAUAUAAACUUUUGACAGUAAAAUAUCAGCGGGAGUCUUGUAAAA